AUGCUUGGAAAUGAGGGCUCGGGGUGUGAAUACCUGAGCUGUCUAAUCUCACAGUUGAAGCUUUGGCUUUGCGGUGAUAUGGAUGUCAAGAACCGGACCUGGAGCCACUGCCGCCAGUGGGAUCCUUGGCGUAUCAGCACACUGAGCAAGAAUUAUUUGAGCAGUACUUGUGGGGGCGACAAUAUAGGCAAAGUCUGGUCAUGGUUGGCAAUGAGUCCUCCCUUGUGGAACAAUCUUCUCGCAGCUUAUGCAAAGGAAGGGCACUUCGAUGAGGCCCGGAGGGCGUUCAAGAGAAUGCCACAGUUCAGCAUGGAGGCUUGCAUUGCGAUGUGCAUCGCCUGCGUCAACAAAGGCAAACUCCAGUCCGCCCAGCGAGUCUUUGAGAAGUGCCACCACAAAGAUAUCCUAUCCUGGAACUCUAUCCUCGCAGCAUUUGCAAGGAGCGGGCAUCUCCUCGAGGCCAAGCUGGUGUUCAAGCGAAUACCAAGACGUGAUUUUGGAUCCUUCAAAGGGAUCAUCGCAGCGUACGUGAAGAAAGGAAAGCCUCACAAAGCCAGGAUGAUCUUCCGAAGAAUCCCGCAAACCUCACGGGUGUUGGAUCCCGAGAUAUCGGAGAUGCUGAUCCGGGGAUAUGGAAGCCAGGGAAUGGUGAUGGAAGCCAAGAACGUCUUCGAGAGUAUGCCUCAACCGAGCGCUUCGUGCUGGGCUGCCAUGGUCGAGUGCUACGUGAAGAACAAGCUGCUCGUCCAGGCCUCGUUGCUGCUAAACAUUGCACCUCCACUCCAGGCUGCAGCUCUCGGGCGAUUGAUCCAAGCCUUUGGAGUGGAAGCCGGCGACUUCGACUCCGCCAAGAGACUCUUCGAUGGCUUUCGCUCGGGAUCCGGCGUGGAGGUCUGGAACACGAUGCUUCGACUUUGCUGCACGGACGUCGGCAAGCUGGAGUUUGCAAAGGUGGUGUUUGACGCCAUGCCCGAGCGGAACUUCUCGACGUGGGACUCCAUCUUUGGUGCUUACUUGCGGCUCAAGAGCGUGGAGGAGUCGAGGAUUCUGUUCGACAGUGUGCCGGAGAGAACAAGUAGCUGGUGGAGCUCGAUGAUCUCCGCGUACACUCGGCAAGGCUAUCCGGCUCAAGCGUUGAGGCUGUUCAAGCUCAUGGACCUGGAUGGAUUCCGGCCCGACUAUGGAACUUACGGCACGGCUCUUUUCGUUUGCUCCAGCGAUGCGGACAAGGAUGUCGUUCGUAAAGCCAUGAGAAUGUCCAAGCAACAGAGAGCCCGAGAGACCGCUCCAGUCGACAUUUCUUCUCCAGUCGAUUCUCAGUCGAUCUUGGAACCAUGUUACGAGUUGGAUCUACCAUCGCCACAGCUUGCAAAGAAACAAACCAGACAAAAGCCACCACCUGGGACAAUUUCGAAGAAACAAUUCAAAGAACGGGAGAGCUGA